AGCUAGUAUAGUAUGAUUUAGUCAGAAGCCAUAAAUUAAUACACUGUGUAAUAACUAGAUUUAUUUUCUAUACAAAGGAAAGUUAGGUUGCUCCUGAACACUGAAAAGAAUGCUUGGAAUAGCUUGUCUUCUGUCUGUCUGAUGUGAUGGACAUAAAAGACAGCAACUUGCAGCUAUCUAACGUUAACGAAGCUACGAUAUAAUGUUAGACGAUGGCUAGCUUGUAACUAACUAUUCUGAGUACUCAAUCUUGGUGGCUCGCUACUUAUCUAGCUAGCUAGCUAAUUUGCAGUCAUGUCAUUCGUUUCCGCAAACAGCUAAGUCAACGUUAGCUUGCAAUCUUAUUUCAAGCACAUAGCCUAAGAUAAACAAAGAAUAUUGGAACAGAUAACACUAGCUUUUAUAGUUAUAACGUAGCUAACGUUGUAACCGAGCUUUUCUUUUUACAGGGUAAACUGCUGCAGCCAUGUCAGACCCUUGGAAGGAGUGCAUGGACCACUGCCUGGUUGUGACAAAGGAGGCAGGGAAGAUGAUUAGAGAUGCACUGAAGAAGGAAAUCUCUGUCAUGCAAAAGAGCUCCCCAGUGGAUCUUGUGACAGAGACCGAUCAGAAAGUGGAGGCCCUAAUCAUAUCCUCAUUAAAGGAGAAGUAUCCCAAUCACAGUUUUAUCGGGGAGGAAUCUGUGGCUGCAGGAGCUCCCAGCAUUCUCACGGACAACCCCACCUGGAUCAUUGACCCCAUCGAUGGGACCACUAACUUUGUCCACAGGUUCCCAUUUGUAUCUGUGUCCAUUGGGUUUGCUGUUAACAAAAAGAUUGAGUUUGGGAUUGUGUACAGCUGCAUUGAAGAGAAGAUGUAUACAGCACGGAAAGGGAAAGGAGCAUUCUGCAAUGGAGUCCCGAUCAAAGUGUCCGGGCAAGAAGACAUCUCAAAGUCCCUUGUGCUGACGGAGCUGGGGAUAAAGGCAGAUCCUGAGCACUUUAAUGCCAUGAUGUUAAACAUGCGGAAGGUCCUGACCAUCCCUGUACAUGGUAUCCGCUCUCCGGGUAGUGCGGCAGUGAAUAUGUGUCUGGUAGCAUGUGGAUCAGCUGACGCAUACUACCACAUUGGGAUCCACUGCUGGGAUAUGGCUGGGGGUGCUGCCAUUGUUACUGAGGCUGGUGGAGUCAUCAUGGAUGUAACGGGUGGCCCGUUUGACCUGAUGUCUCGCAGGCUGAUCACAGCAAGCAGUAGAGCCAUUGCCGAGCGUAUUGCCCAGCAACUCCAAGUGUUUCCCUGUGGGCGAGAUGACACCUUGGGCUAGAGCACCGGUUUGCACACUCCAAAAUUCAAUUGGACACUUCAAAACAAGCACUACCGGCAUUUGUUUGCGCCUUAAAUUUGGAACAAGUUGGAAACAAUCAAUGACAGGAAUAGUAUUGUGCAGUGCGAGCUUGUGAGCUAAUAGUAGCAGAGGCUAAACAGGAACUUUUGAACUUUGUCCUGAACCUGAUAUGAUUCCUUUGCAUGAUUAGCAAAUGUAUAGAUUUAAAUAAGGUCCUCCAUCUGCAGCUUGAUCGCAUCUAAUGUGUGGCAGCGUUAACUUUGUGUACCUUGUGAGAUUUUGUGUGUUACUGUAUAAUGAAAAGAUUGGAUGGGAUUUAUUUUAUAUGUUGCAUUUUGUUUAUAAGGAAGAGAUUAUAGAUGGGUUCUGCUUCGUGAAAUUUCCAUGUGGAAUGUGCAACGCUUAUGCGAGGUUAUAUCACCUUAAUAGAUUCAAUUAUCCAAAAUACCAUUGGCUGCUGAUGAUCUGGUUUUAUUUUAAAGUGACUUGUUUGUUAUUCAUGCAAAACAGCCAAAAACAACCAACAAUUUAUACAGUAUUUACCGUUAGGCUCUCCUAUUUAAAUCUCACAGGCCUCCACUCUAUUCAGUGCAGAAAGGUGUAAACAGGCAACAUGUUUCUCUGUCAAAUUAAAGCUGAACUAAAAUAACAGUGCAAUAACAUCCUAGCAUAUAAAAACAUGGAAGUGAAAUUGUUUUGUCUUGGUUUCUGACCUUCUGAUUUGGUGUGAGAGACCAAGCAUUUAGCAGCCCAGUAAAGGCCAUCAGAUAGUCCAGUGCUUUCCUCAGCUGGCCAUAUAUUGUCCUGAAGAAUUAAUUGAAGUGCUUCAUUUUGUGCUUUUAAUACUUUUGACAGUUAACUUAAAUACAUAAUUCCUGUGUGUGUGUGUAUUUAAAUUAUUUUUUCCCCCCAUAUAGCCCCAUAUAGUCCCAUAUAGUCCUAUGUGCUCUCAUAGCACCAACUUGCUUUAUUUCCAUUAUUAUGCUAUGUUAAUAAACGUUAUACUUUUUCAGUUUUUAUCCCUUUAAGUUGAUAGAUCACAAUAUUUUCUAACCCUAUUUAAGUGUGAUUUAGCUAAGAAAAUGGUAGUAAUGGCAUUUCAUCUACCUCGUAAAAUUGUUAGGCCAGGAUACUUUAUGGUGAAGGAAAUCUACACUUAUUCACUGUUAAUUUAGAUUCCAGUAACAAUAUUGUCAGUGGUUUUAAUCAUACUACUGUAUACUAUGUCAGUACUUAUUUAUUUGCACUGCAUUAGGGGUUAUACUUACAGUAUGGUGAUGUUGUAUUUUUUCAAGUGGUGGGUCUUUUUUAGGACUUUUUAACUUUAAAUGAUUAGCAUUAUUUCAUUGAUUAUUUGCAACAUUAUUUCACAUAUCAGAUGUACAUUGCGCUGUAUGUGUAUGCACGUAUUCCAUAUUUGAAUUUAAGCCUCUUAUGUUUCUGUCCAUGAUGGUAUUGGGAUGCUAUUCAUGUAUAGCUUACUCCCAGACCAACCUAUAGUCAUUCUAUUAUUUAGAUAGUCCAUUAUCUGACUAUAAAAUGUGUGGGAUUGGUGUUAUUACUGUUUAAAGGGGAGGCCAAAUAAGGGAAGGGAAUUAUAUGUAAUGCAGGAUGUCAGCAGAGCUACUAGGUUCAAUGGAUUUCACAGUUCUGAGCACUGCAGUAUAAGAGAAUGUACUAUAACAGUCAUGUGAAUCCAUGCUGAAUAUCCCAAUGUGUAAUUUCAAUGUAUUAAUGUAAAACUGUUAAACAGUGUUUUGCCAUAUAGUACAGUAAAGGAACAAAGGAAAUGGCAACAAAACAUAAAAUAAUAAAAGUAGCUUUUGAAUCAAA